AUGUCUACAAAAUUUGAAGAUGAAGAGGCACCGCCGGAUCUGGUCGACGUGUCGGCUAUGCCAGCAGAGCAAGAUACCUCCACCAUUGAAGAGCCGACGACUCGGGUUCCCAUCACGCUCGUGACAGGAUAUCUGGGUGCGGGUAAAACCACCCUUUUGAACUAUAUCCUGACUGAGAAGCAUGGCAAGAAGAUCGCCGUGAUCAUGAAUGAAUUCGGAGACUCAACGGACAUCGAGAAACCUCUGACAGUCAACGAGGGCGGCCAAGAAGUCACCGAGUGGAUGGAAGUCGGCAACGGCUGCAUCUGCUGUUCAGUUAAAGACACGGGCGUUAUGGCCCUAGAAUCCCUUAUGGAGCGUAAGGGAACUUUCGACUACAUUCUCCUCGAGACAACUGGUCUCGCCGACCCUGGUAACAUCGCCCCAGUCUUCUGGAUGGACGAAGGACUUGGUAGCUCCAUCUACCUGGACGGCAUCGUAACUCUGGUUGACGCAAAGAAUAUUCUGCAUCUACUCGAUGAGCCAACCCCGGAGCAGAAAGCCGAGGCCCAUAAUGCUGAGCACGACGGCCACGGCUCCGGCCCUGUGCUGUCGAUGGCGCAUAUGCAAAUCUCCCAUGCAGAUGUGAUCAUUCUGAACAAAAUGGACCUUGUAACAGCUCAAGAACUGGAGACUAUCAAGGACCGCAUCAUGGCUAUUAAUAGCGUGGCGAAGAUCCAGCUCACAGAUCACAGUCGGACACCGCAGAUUGAGGGUGUCGUGCUGGAUUUGCACGCUUAUGACCAUCUUGCAGACUUGGAUUUCAGUAAGAAGGGUCAUAGUCAUAUGGAUCCGGCCAUUUCUACGGUUGCUAUCACCAUGCCUCCGAUUGCUGCCGACAAAGUGAUACGUGUAGAUGAAUGGCUGCAAUCUCGUCCUAGCGACUUCGAGAUUCAUCGGCUGAAAGGUAUCCUUGUACUUGAGGACGGGUCAACUUGCAUCAUCCAGGCUGUGCGAGAUGUCUUUGAGAUCAGAGAUGCGGAACCCGCUAAGAACGACGGGAACGGGCCUACCCAGUGCAAGAUUGUACUGAUUGGAAGAGGGCUUGGUGCCGGUGUCGAUCCAUGGCGGGCGAGCUUUGAGUCAUAUGUCAAGUAA